AAUAUUUAAUUAACUAAUACGAUUCUAUACUUUUUAUGGUUUGACAGAUACUUGAAAUGCCAAUAUGCAGUGUUUCAAGUACUACUGUUAUUGUUCCUUUUCUUCUUAAAGAAAAUAAUUAUGAAGAUUGGAGAAUUUACAUGAAAAACUAUCUAUUGGCUCAAGAUCUUUGGGGCAUUAUUGAAUCUGGGGACGAUGCUGAUUUUUAUUCUUCUUCGAACGACGUUGGAAAUUGGGGGAGAAAGAAUGCAGUGGCUCUAAAUGCAAUUCAUACUACAUCUUCAGCAGAUAUUUUUGCUCAAAUAAAGGAAAUCAAGUUGGCCAAAAAUGCUUGGAGUAAAUUAGCCAAAAUGCAUCAAGAGUGGCAAUCUAAAUUGAAACCAAAAACUGGCAUGGAGAGGUCGGAUGGAGGAAAAGAAGAUGAAAUAACUAAAAGGCCUCAUUCUGGGGGGUCGGAUAAAAGUAAGAUUGAUUUGAAAAGAUUCCUAACUAAAUCAACUAUGCUUCAUUCUGAAGGGUUGGAUGAAGGGGAAGAAGAUGAGAUAAUUGAAAUGCAAGGGUGGGAUGGAGGGGAAAAAGAUGAGACAAUUAAAAUGCAGGGGUGGGAUGGAGGUAAGAUUGAUUUGAAGAGAUUCUCAACUGAAUUAUUGGCAAGAGAAGAAGAUGAGACAACUAAAAUGCAGGGAUGGGAUGGAGGGGAGGAAGAUGCAAUAACUGAAAAGACUCAUUCUGAUUGGUCGUAUGAAUGUGAAGAAGAUGAGAUAACUGAAAUGAUUCAUUUUGAGCGGUGGGAUCAAGGGAAAGAAACAACUAAAAUGCAGGGGUCGAAUGGAGGAAAAAAAGAGGAGAUGAUUGAAGAUUCUCGUUUUGUAGAAUUGAAAAAGAGCAUUUGCAAAGGAGAUUGGAAUGCUGUUAAGCAGUUUUUUGUUUAUAAUAAGCAUCCACUAGAUACAAUAAUAUUAUCAGACGAAGGCCAUACUGCUCUUCAUGUUGCAAUACAGGCCGGCCAAGAUCAGAUUGCCGAGGAAUUGGUAGCGAUGAUGUCAGAAACAGAUCUGGAAAUCAAGACUAAAAAUUUGCGUCACACGUUUCUUACCCUAGUUGCAUCGACGGGAAGAACGCACGUGGCAAAAUGCAUUGUCAAAAGGAAAAACAAAUUACUUACAGUUCGAUGUAAAGAAGGCCAUAUCCCAGUAACCGUCGCAUGUUCCAUGGGCCACAAGGAGAUGACAUACUACCUUUAUUCUGUCACCCCACCCGUAGCAUUUCGACCAGAAAAUGGCAAUCAUGGAUUCGAUCUCAUGCGAUGGGGUAUAGACAACAAAAUGUUAGGGUUAAAGGUAAAGUUACCCGUAACCUCAUUUGGUGAAGUACGAAUUCUUGUUACUCACGAUCAAGAUCUCACAGAAAAGAACACCGGUAUUCAAGGUUCAAAGUUUCAAGCAUAGCAAUGAUGGUUAGCUUUUCAGCUGCUCUUUUGAUUAUGCUUCAAGAUCAGUGGUGGGCAAUCAUUCCCAUAAUUAUGAUGGCUAGCAUUCCAGUUACACUUUUUGUAUGGUUGCAGUUUCCCCUCCUCGUUGAAAUUUUUGUUUCGACAUAUGCUCCACGAAUUUUUAACAGAAAAAUGAUGCCUUGGCUAUAGUGGAGAGAAAGUUGAUUGAUGUUUUUGGAACGUAAGUGAGCAGUUUCCCCUCCAAGUUGAAAUUCUUUAGCUUGUUCUUUGGUUAUGUUUGUUGGAACUCCUAAUUUCCCUGUUUAUUUGGUUGGAUAAUCAAAUUUCUUGCUUUAA